GCACUUGAACGCUCGUGGGUGCCCUUUGUCGGUGUUGGCCAAUGUCCUAGUUGCUGGGCGGGCAGUGUCCUCCUCUCGAAGAUCUAACUGGUUGGUUUCUUAUGAGGUGAAGGCAUGCGUCGAGGAGGCGAGAGUUUCUGCCACCGCUUGGCAUCCAGAUAUGGAUUCCUUCUGGUCGCUGGCUGCGCGGGAGCCUUGCUCGUCGGCUCCGCGCCGGCUUCGACUCAGCAGCGCUUUGCGUCCUUCGGUCUUGCCGGCAAGGUAGAUGGCGGAGACACAGGAUACGGGGCUCCGGUUGCCCUACAGAAAACCCCCGAGGAUAACGCGCCCCUUUCCUCGGGAGCGGUCGAGGCGGCCGAUGAUGAACUACAGCCCUCAAGCACCGUUCCCCGAGUGUCCAGCGCCUGGUACACCGUGUCGACAAGGCGCAAGAGCGGAAAACGCCUCCUUCUUAUUCCUGCAAUUCUCCUUGCUGUGCUCGCAGUGGCUGGAAUGGUGGGCCUUCUCAGUCCGAAGAGUAAGGAAGCCCCUGAGGAAGAACUGCUCGAAACUCCCCAGGUCGCGGAUGUCACAGGGCAAACCAAGGCGGAAAUGACUGGGGUAGAACGAGAGACACUCGAACAUCAAGACGAAACGAAAGCAGCUCGUCGUCGCAAAAACACCGCACUCUUCGUUGCAGCAUUGGUAGUCGCGGGUGUCUUGGGCAUGCACUUCUCCAUGCGAAGUCCCGUUAAACCAGCAGAGUUGGUGGUGUAUGAGACAUCUCCAGUCGAUUCCUCAAUGCAGGUGAACGAGCCACUCGAUGCAGAAGCGAACAGCUUUGUCGAACAGCCUGAGAUGUCUCCCGAGAUACAGGAUGAAAGAACCGUCGAGGCUGCGCUUCAGGAAGAGACACGAUGGGGUGAAUUUGUGAACACGAUUGUGGGGAUGUUCGGAGACAAAGAUGUGCAAAUGCGACGCAUUGGCAUCCUAACAACAGCUGUUUUCUUUUCGCUUGUAGCCUCCUCCCUGGCAGCUGCUCGACGUUCUCGACAGCAGAGACAGGAAGCGACAAACGCCCCACCGUCACCAUCUGGCAACGAAGACGAAGCGGAUAUAUCUUAUCAUACUAUCCAGCUCUCUGAAUCCAAACCGACUGGGGAACCACAGCCCGAGAAAGAGGAGGCGAUGGCUGCCGCGAAUGUCCAGGCACCUGAACCCCAGCCGACGCCUGAGGCACUGUCGAGGGCACCGGAACAACCUCAGGAAAGUCCCGAGGCAGGAGAGGAAGGAGAGCCGGAUUAGUUGGAUGGUGGCAUCGAACAGCUCAAGUCCAGACCGGUGAAAGAUGAGAUGGAGUGCCGGAAAAGGUCAGGUUGUCUUCGAAGUAAAGCGGCAGCGCUCGAAACCGUGAUUGGGUCGACCAGGUUAUGCCAUGACUUUCCCACGAAGCUCAGUCCAUCCGUUUUGGUGGAGGCACUGAAGGAGGCGAUGGACAAGCUUGUGGAGGAACUCGAAUACACCGGCAAUUCUGUGGUGAGAGGCGCCAAAUUCACCGACGUUUUUGUGGCAGUAACAGGUCACGUGGAUGCGGGGGGACACGGAGAGGAAGAAGAGGUUGAUGCAGAAAAACUCACAAACCCCACGCAGUCUCUACUCCAAACAAAGACCCAGAUCACGGGGCCUGGGAAAGAAGUCUUCGAGACAUCAGACGGUUCAGCAGCAGCAUCGGCACAGUUGGCGGAUAUCAACAAUAUGUGUGAAAAGAUAGCGCUAAUCUAAAAGAGGUGCAAGGCGCUGUCGUCCAAAACAGGGGCUGCAACCACGACAGCGGACGACGGCGAGAGUGCGUCACGGCUACAAGAGACGUUACUUAUACUAAAGACUCGCGUCUUACAAGAGCAGAGAACUGAAGUUUUGCUCGAGGCAAUGCAGCAGCAGUUGCGGACAUCGAGGCUGCUCUUCCGUUCCCACGUUCAAGGAGCCGAGAAAAAGAUACCGCCUCUCACAUAUGGUGAUCCGGACGCCGACUGUACGACGGAGCUCAAGGCUGAGAUUGAAUGGCGGCUUAAACCGCUUGGACGCGCGCAGCAAGCUCUGGUAAACCGCGAGGGGAAACUCGAUAAGAAGUCCUAGGGCGUGUGCAAGGAAUGCAAAGCACGCAUUAUGCGAUGGACAGAGAAUUGAAGAGCAGCUACUAGUAAAUCGGGGAUGAACGCCCAGCCCUGCAAUAGUUGGAGACAAUACCUGCUCAUGUUUGUUUUGGUGCCGCAGCUACCCGUCCAAAAGAGACUGAGAUGUGGGAGGCGACUGCAAGAAAUAUGCAGUACAUCGGCACUCGAAUUGAGUGGAGAAUUUCGGGA